AUGAAGGUGGAGUUGGUGGUUGUUGUAGUGGUGGUGGUAGGGAUGGCACUUGUGGAGGUGGUGGUGGUAGUGGCACCAUGGUGGUGGACAUGGCAGCAUGGUGGUGGUGGUGGUGGUAAAGGUGGAGGAGGUGGUGGUGGAGGAGGAGGAGGUGGUGGUGAUGGUGGUGGUGGUGGUGGCAGUGGCGGUGGAUGUGGCGGUGGAGGUGGCAGUGGUGGCAGUGGUGUUGUUGGUUGUGGAGGUGGUGGUGGAUGUGGAGGUUUUGAAGGAGGUGGUGGUGGUGAUGGUGGCGGUGGCAGUGGCAGUGGAGGUGGCGAUGGUUGUGGAGGUAGUGAAUGUGAUGCUGCAAGUGGUGGAGUUGGAUGUGAAAAUGGAGAUGGUAUCAUUUUUUAA